UGAAUGCUUAAGCAAAGGCUUAUCAAGGACCAUGGCUGCUAUCAACAAGGACUCCCAUAUCAUCAUUGUCGGAGCUGGUGUGUUUGGGUUAUCAAAUGCUCUCCAUCUAGCUCAAAAUGGAUACAAGAACAUUACUGUCUUUGACCGUUUAGACUUCAAUCAAAACCAUUAUACAUUCCUCGAAGGUGCUGAUACUGCCUCUGCAGAUUUGAACAAGAUCUUUAGAGCUCAAUAUGCUGACAAGAAGUACUACCAAGAUCUAGCUUUUGAAGCCUUCGAUGUUUGGCAAAGAUGGGAUAGAGAAAUUCAAUUACUACCAGAACACGAAGCGAAAAAAUAUACUGACCUAAAGAUAUUGGAUCUUUGUGGUAUGUUACGUCUUGAUGAUGUUGUCAGUGGUGAAUCGAAACAAUCCAAGAUGAAUUUCGAAAAAGAAGGUUUACUCCCAUUGAUCUAUGAUAUCAAUGACAAAGCUGAUGUCAAAAGAGCUAAUGCUGCUGGUCUUGGAUCUAAAGUCAAAUAUGCUCAUGAUAUUCAACAAAAAAUUCCAAGCAUGGUUGGUGUUUUAGAUACUACAUCAGGUAUGUUGUAUGCUUCAAGAGCUUGUCAAUAUGCUAAAUAUCUUUGUGAACAAAUGGGUGUUAAGUUUAUUGUUGGUGGUGAUAAAGGUAGUUUCGAAAAAUUCAUCUAUAAAGAUUCUGCAAAGAGUGAUAUCGGUGGGAUUGUGACAAAAGAUGGUGUAUCUCAUUUUGCUGACUUGGUUGUUGUCAAUUGUGGUCCUUGGACAACCUCUUUAGUUCCAGAAUUGGAUGGUAUCAAUGAAGGUACUGCUGGUAAUAUCUUACACUUCAAAAUCCCAGAGCAUCGUAAAGAUUUAAGAGUUAAAUAUUCAUCCAAGAACUUCCCACUUGUUGGGUGGAAAACUGGUCACGAUAGAGAGAAGAACUAUUUGGCAGGUAUGUUUAUGUUCCCAGUUACUGAACCUGAAGGUAUCAUGAAGGUUAUUGUUAGACAAACAAAAUACACCAAUCCUGUGGAAAAAGAUGGUAAAAUCAUUUCAAUCCCAAAGACUUCAAAUAGUUCACCACCUUUCCAAAAUUUGACAAAAAAUAUUGUCUAUCAAGCAAGAGAAUGGUUAAAACAAUUCUUCCCAGAUUUAGUUUCAGCUGGAAUUAAAAUGGAUAGCAAGAUCUUAUGGUAUACUGAUACAAUCAAUAAUGAUUAUAUCUAUGAUUUUGUCCCAGAAAAGAAAGGUUUAUUUGUUGCUUGUGGUGGUUCAGGUCAUGCUUUUAAAAUGUUACCUGUACUUGGUCAAUUUUUAGUUGAUAAGAUUGAAGGUCGUGAAAACAUCUAUACUGAAAAGUUCAAAUGGAGAUAUCAAAAAGAUUUUGAAAAAGAUCCAAAUGGGUUAAAAGAAAAACUUGAAAGUAAAAGAAGAUAUGAUGUUCAAGAUAUUGCAAGUCGUGAAGAUUUGAAGUUUCAUGCUGGUCCUGAAAUCUCUUCAAAGCUCUGAGCUUAUAAGUUGACUAUGAAGAUAAAAUAUCUUAGGUAAAUAUGUCCAAUUAUACAUUGUCAAUAUUCACAAAAGGGCUUGUAGAUACUCUAGUUGAUAUGCCUAUUGUCUCUGCCUAUUGUCUC